CUAACCAACCAAUUGAACCGGAGUCACGUCUUCUUCGGGGUCUUUGACAUGACUUGGGGCAUCCCACCACAUCACGCAGUUGCAAAAAUAAUUAAAGACUACACACAUCACGUACUCUCCCUCUUCCCACGCAAGUGGUUGGUUGGUGUGGGCGGGCGGGACAUUUAUAAGAAAGAGUUAGAUAACAACCCUCCUCCCCCGAAUAACAAAUUCCCGUAGAAAAGAAUCCCCUGCUCCAAGCUUCAAUUGGUUGGUUUUGUAACCAUCCAAAUUCACCAACCAACGAUCAUGAGACCGAAGAUUUACCUGUUCGGCGACUCCAUCACCGAAAUGUCCUUCGAAGAAGCCGGCUGGGGCGCCUCCCUCACCAACCACUUUGCCCGCACGGCGGAUGUGGUGCUGAGAGGCUAUAGCGGGUACAACACCCGGUGGGCGCUGAAGGUGGCGGAGAGGGUGUUUCCGGCGGCCGGAGAGGCUGUGGCGGUGACUGUGUUUUUCGGGGCCAACGACGCUUGCCUUCCCGAUAGAUGCUCUGCCUUCCAGCACGUGCCGCUUGAGGAGUACGGCCGCAACCUCCGCUCCAUUGUUUCCUUCCUUAAGGAGCGGUGGCCAAAAGCAGUGGUUCUACUCAUCACUCCUCCCCCAAUCGACGAAGAGGGACGCCUCCAGAACCCGUAUAUGGAGAACCCGUCGGGUCUACCCGAGAGGACAAACGAAGCGGCAGGGGAGUACGCCAAGGCCUGCAUUGAUGUCGCAAGAGAAUGUGGCUCCCCUGUUAUUGAUCUCUGGACCAAAAUGCAGCAGUUACCUAACUGGCCCACAGCUUGCCUCAGUGAUGGGCUGCACCUGAGCGAGGCAGGGAACAAGGUGGUGUUCGAGGAAGUGGUGAAGAAGCUUGAGGAGGUAGGAGUGAGCCUUCAAACUCUGCCUUCGGAUCAGCCGCUUAUAUCUCACAUCGAUCCCAAAGAUCCACUCAAGUCAUUUCCGAAUUAGUUAGUGUGAUUAAUUACUGAUAAUAAUAAUAAUACUAUUAUUACUACCGAUUAAUAAGUGCAUCUCAUCUCUGAUAAGAUGCUAUGUAUCUAAUUUCGUUCUCUUGAUUGGAUAAACAGAGGAUUAACACAAUUAUCCAAUUCAAUCAAAAUGGCUCUCAAUUGCAAUAAAAGGGAAUACAGAAAAGACCUAGACAGAAAGCAAUCGAGAAUAGAAAAGCAAAUGUUCUGAUCAAUUCAUCCGCGAGAAGGGUAGACAAGAAAAGAAGACAAGACCAACAGCUAUGCCCAGAUAAGCUUCAGUUCCUUCCUGGCACAAAGCCCCAACUCAAGCUUUCCAGACACUAACACCGAAACCAGACCUAGAACUACCAAAGAGCAGCCAAGCUCUUACUGAGAACAGGAAACCGUCACCUUUCUUCUUCCUGGAGAGGUCUUUAAAUAGAACAGCAUCCUUUAUUGUUCGUCUCUUCCUUCUUCAAUGUAGUUACCGUUUGUACGGAGUAAUGUGGAAGAAGCCGAUGCACUGAAGAAUGGAAGGGAGCUUUUACUGCGUGAAAUUGAUGAUGCAAAUGGGAUGAAGGCGAAGACGCGAUCAGUUGUCUUUUGACGACUUUGUUUGGGCCUUUUGUUGAGUGGGCUCUAUGGAUUUGAGGAAGAGAGCAGGGCAAGGCCCAACAAUCUCAACAACUAAUAAAAAGCCCUCCAAAUUAUAUUUAUUUAAUUUUAGAAAGUAAACAAAACUAAAAAAUUCAAAAAAUAAUAAUUUUUUAUUCCUUGAUAGGUGACAUGGCAAGUGAGGUGGACUUUGACUAACGGUCAACUUAGUUGGCCGUCUAAUUUGAUGGUCAAACCCGCCUCCGGGCCAAAUAAGAAAGUAUGCUACAUAAUUUAGGCCAGAAUAGCAAUUUCCGAUACCACGAGCCAAAGUAGAAAGUUUGUCUAUAGUUCGGGCCAAACUAAGGUAUUAACCCAUACAAAAAUUGGAGCUAAAUCGCGGAAGGACAUUUUAGUCAUUCUAGCCUUUUUAAUGACACCCCACAACCCAGACGCUGCGUUUAUUGUGGAAUUGUUUUGUUUUUUGUUUUUCAGCCCUUUAAUACUCGGCCCCUUCAUAAUUUUAACUAUCAAUGGCCCCGACCAGUUCGCCGGAGGAAGGUGAGGUAUGAAAUUUGAUAAUGUAAUGGGGUGUAUAGCUUAUUGUUGUAUAGUUUUUUUUUUUGGAAAACUCGUGAUAAAAAUAGUGAAUUUUAGCAGGAUAGAGACAUUGAAUGAUGCAAUGAAUCAAAAAUCGGCAUUAUGAACCAAAAUCAAGUACAUGUUACCUUGUGAAACAAUAUUGUUUCUGGUAAUAUGAUGAGGUGGAGUAAGUUUUAUAGAAACCGAAUUCCAGAAAAUUGAAUAAAAAAUCGCCUAUCCCGUUUUCGGGAAAUGAGCAUCUCACAAUCGUUGCUAGCUUUUACUCAGCCCGUUGGUCGAUCAAUUUGCUUUAUGAAACUUUCAUCUUCUCGUCAUUGUGCUUUCUGAUUUUUGUUAGGCCAUGAUAAAAUCUAAGGAAAUCAAGAACGAACAACAUGAUUUGGGAUAGGAACCGCCGUUGUCGUAUCCCUAGAAAAUGGUGGUAAACACAGACUCACCUGCCAAACUAGUUUGGAUUGAGAUUUUUAUCGGGUAUCAGGGAACCAUGUGAUUAUAAAUUAGACUUGAUCAAAACGGGCCAAAACUUGAAAUCAACGUGUUUGAAUGACCCAUGCCAAAUUCUAAUUAUUCUUUACUUUUAAACUUUCUAUUUGAAAAUAAAAAAUAGUGAAAGAAAAGAGAUGACUGCAAUUCGCCAUUUGCACAUCACUUAUUCGGGAAUUAAACCAUAAAAAUUCAAAAGGAACUGAAAAUGUUUAGGAUUGUUUUAAUGUUUAAAAUAACCAAAUAGAUCAUUCUGUUUAGGUUUUUACUAACAAAUACCAAACGAUUCCCUAUAAAAAACACUAUAAUUUGAUCAUUAUGAUAUCAAAUAAUUAUAUAAUAUAUAUUUGAAAUGAUAAAAAUUGGACUAAUUGGGUUGGUCGAGGUUGAACCAUUGAAUAACUUUAAAAUACAUUAUAUUUUAGCCACUAAGAUAUAAAAUAAUAGCAUAAUAUAUAUUAUGCCAGAGAAAAUAGCUUGUUUUAGAAUGACAAACCAAUGAUGUUCAUUUGUUUUACUUGAUCGCCAAAUCCGUGUAGGUCAGGCCCAUUCAACUCUUUUAUUUUAUCGUAAGCGGUUAGCCCAUUAGAUACCAUGCAUUAGUUUAUUAUUAAUUUUUUUUUUAUUUUUAGCAAUAAAAAAGAGUAUUGUUUUUGCCUUUUCAUAUAUAUUUUAUCACCACGGAGAAAUAAAAUGGCUUAAAGAAAAAAAUUGACACUCCUGGACCCGUUUAAAUCCGCAUGUGUACGGUAAGUUGGCCCGUUCCACAGAGGAAAGAGAAAAAAAUUGACACUCCCGAUUCUACCCUUCCUACAAACGCUCUUGGAGUAGGGAAUUUGAAGGGGGGGGGGGGUUUCCUCUCUACUAUUAUAUGUUUUUAAUUUAAAAAUAUACAACAAAUGUACUUAGUGUGAUUGGUUAUGAUCCUUGCUUUUCUUUAAAAUGGUCAUGGUUCUAAUCCCAGUAUGUGUUUUUUUAAUGAAUAAAAAAAAGUAAUUAUGAAGACCAAAAUGUCCUUCCUACUUUCACUCUCGCAUGAAAUUUGAAAUGGAGCUCCCGUUUUUCCCUUCAAUUUCAGUGUAUUAUAUUAUGUGUAGAUUCCAAGGCCUUUAAUUCACACGCUGCACUUUUUAUGGCAUUUCUUUUAGUUUUCCAGCCUUUAGUUUUCAGGUCUUCCAUAUCACAAUUUGUCUGGCAUUUGGAUUGGACCAAAUUCAGUAAUUGUGCUCCAAGAAAGAUAUUAUAGGAUCAAGUACCGAACCAAUAGUGUAAUAGAUUUGCUUUGAUCUGCUUUGGUCCGGUUCAAAUGUCAAUUCAAUCCAUUUUUCUUCAGUAUUUAUAAAAUUCAUGAAUUUAAGGAUCAGAUCAUAUUAUAUUGGAUUUGGUGUGGUCCACUCCAAAUAUCGGUUCGGUCCUGUGUAAUUCGAUAUGGACCAACACAUUGUCCACCCCUGAUUACCUCAAUGUUCAAUUUUUAAUGAAGAUAAAAAGAAGAAAAGUAGUUGGAUCACCUCAAUUUUCAAUUUUAUUUUCGUUCUCAUAUGUUUAGUAGCCCGUGGGAUUGCGUCCGAUCAAUAACUUACCUGAUUGGUUUCUGAUCAUGUAUACAUUUUCUCUCUAUUAAAUUUGACGGAUUAUAUGUCUUAAUAAUAAUAUUGUUAUUAAUACUAUUUUGUAUGUAUUUAAUAAUAAUAAUCUAUAAUUAAGGGGCUACAUGGUUAGAUGCCAAAUGAAAACUUAAUGUGAACAGUACGAGGGCAAAGGGAAAAAAAAUCUACAAAAUAUAUAAAUGCAAAACAUAAGUUUGAAACUUGGAAUUGUCUCAUUUCAAAUUUCGAGGUCUGAUAGUGAUUCUAGAAAAUUUAUUUUUGUCAUUGCAUCCAAAUCAUCUUCAUAUAUAAAAAUUGUUAUCAUUGGAGUUCGAACCUAGGUCACUUAAUUAAUUUUCAGCCCGACUGAACAAUAGUCUUUGACCUUUUGCUAAUCUGACAUGAUUGGAUCCAAUAAUCAUAAGAUGCCAUUUAGUUUGAAAUGUCGGUUCAAAAUCAUUUUUUAUGUGUAAUGAAUUUGUACGACAAAUACAUGUAAAUAAGUGAAGAUGAACCUGAUUAUGCAUUUUGAUUUUAUUGGUAACUAAAAUUGUUUAAACGAUGAACUAACUAUAGACUCACUCGAUUAGUUUAACGAGUUUUGUUUUUAUCACUUUUAGUAAUUAUUUUAUUCACAUGCUAGCAAACUUUUUUGCUCCGUCGAAGAAUAAGUGGUCAUCUGUUUGUCAGGUUUCAGGUGCUCUGAUUCACACUAUCGACUGUGAAUGGAGAAGAAGCACUUCGUAAGUAAAAUGGGCGAAGUAAUUGGGAUGUUUUUAAGUUUUUCCCGAUUCCAGACGAUGGGAAGAAUGAGGAAGGAAAAGAGGGAGACUGUUGAGAUACAAAGAUCAGAGAGAGAUGGAAAAACAAAUGGAAAAUGAAAGAGGAAGGCAAAGAGAGAGUGAGAUGACACAUUUAAAAGACGGGGAAAAAGAGGUAGUGUGAAAUAAUUAUCCUUCUACUUUGCUUAGUGAGUAUUGUUGACCCUAUUCUAUUGAGUUUUGAUUUAUUUUAGAGGAUAACAUUAUAUUUGACAUAUUUUUUUCCAUUUCAAUGUAAAAACCUAAAUCAAUAUUACUGUUUGGAUGAUUUUUUCUUAAUUCGAUUAUUGUAAUUUUUGAGAUUUAAGGGGUAUUUGAUAAUGUCAAUAUUUUAUUAAUUUUUUAUUUAAAUUUUGAAUUGUAGGAUCAUAUGUACCGACGGUUCGACCAUAAAAUUUCACACCAUAAACUAAAUAGGUAGGUGAUAUUUAACAAUAUGAAACGGUUGAACCACGGUUAAAUUAUGACUUCUGUAUAAAAUACUCUAUCACCAACUUUUUCGAUACAAUUUUACAAUCCUUGGUUCUAACAAUUCUUUUACACCGGCAGAAACAAAAGUUUCAAGCAAAAUUUUGAACUAUGUAUUGCAAAAAAUCAUAAGUCAGUUAGCGAUAAUGCAUAAUUCAACCAAAAAUACACUUUGCAAUAAUUAUAUCUAAUGCUUAUAUCAUUUUUUUUCUUUUUUCAUGGAGGUCUAAACACAUUAUGCAUAGUUGAAUCACUUCAAAAAUAUUAUGUGCAUAGCUAAGGUACAAACACUCAUUUCAUGCAUUUCAAAUCAUCUAUUGUAUCUGAUAAUUGUCGAAAACAUAUUGAUUUUGUGUGCUUAAUGUGAAUAUUUUAUGAUAUGUUUGAGAUAUAUAAUGCUUGCUCUAGAGCCAAUUGAUUAUGGAAUGGUUGCAAGGCCAUUACCACCUCGUGUUAGAAUUUUGAUAUAUUUUAGGUGGAGAAAUAGAGCAUGCAAGCACAAACAAAAUGACAAGGACGUACAAGAAUAAUGGAAGUGGAAACUGGAAAGAAUCAACCAAUUUACUUUGACCGUAAAUCUGGCCAGCAACUCAAACCAUUAAAAUGGGCCUAGCAGCCUAUUUCCUUUCCCUUAAAAAAGAACGAGAAGGAGAGGCGGACCGGAAAUUAAGAUGGGACGGCUGGGAGUUUUUGGAGCGGGUGGAAUAAUUGAAGAGCUUCGUAACUUGUGAGGGGGAAUUAAUUGGAAUAGGCUGGGGGUUUUGGUGGACAUGGAGGGAUUUUCUUUUGGGGAGGAGGACAUAACUUCUGGGGUGGAAAAUUAUAUUGGGACAAGAACUACAUGCAGUGCUAAACGCAAGAGGAGAAGAAUUAUUUGGCAAAGGUAUUGGCGAUUGGCAAACGAGCGGAGAGAAGCAGCUGUUGCGGUGAUCGCUAGCAGCGAGGAAGAAAAUUUCAGUAUUCUUUUCCUUUUGUUUUGAUUCGUAACAUGAUGAUUAUGAAUAUGAUUAUAUCUUUUGAUUUUGUUAUGAAGUUAUUCGGGUUUACCCGAAACCGACCCGAUUAUAUACAUUUUUGAGUUUUUGGGUUUGGGUUCGUUUCGGAUUUCGGGUUUUCGGUUUCGGGUUCGGUUUUGCUUAUUUGAUUUUUGGGUUCCGGCUAAAACCCUCCAUUAAAUAGAACUCAGUUCGUAUUCUUAGGUGUUCGGGUGUUCGGAUUUUCGGGUUGCGGUUUUGCUUUAACCGAACCCGAUAAGGAAUUUUUGGAUUUUGGGUAACCGGAACCCGCAAGUCCUUAUCAAGUUUAUGUUCGGUUUUAGUGGUUUUCGGUUUCGGGUAACCGAACGCGACCCGAACUGACACCCCUAGCUUCGACUCCAACACCUCCUGCAAAUAUGAAAGCAGUUCCAUGGUUCUCAAUUCUCACCCAUCCAGACUUCUCUAUCAUUUGGGUGGGUGUUUUUCCUCUUAAAAAUGGUUGUGAGUGGCUCUCUAUUUUUCUAUUUGUCAUUCAUUUGAUAGCUCAUGUAUUUUUCUGUCUCUCUUGCUCUCAGAGGAAUUUUAUAAUGCUAUAUAGUAUUGGUGCUAUAGGUUUUUGUCUUUAUGGUACAACUGAAAAUUGUACAUUUAUGUUAUGGUACAAUUUCAGAUUGUACCUAUACUGUUUGUACAAAUUCUUUUAUGGUACAACUUGAACUUGUACCUUUAUGUAAUGGUACAACUUCAAGUUGUAAAGUUGUACCAUAACAUAAUGAUACAAAUUCUUUUAUGGUACAAUCUAAACUUAUACAUUUCAUGUUAUGGUACAACUUUAAGUUGUACAUUAAAACACCAAUACUAUAUAGCAUAGUAGAAAUGCUCGUACCCGAUAAUAUAAUUAAGUGAUAUAUGAUGUUUAAGGUAGAGGCAUGCGGUUUCAUGAUCUUUAUAAGCAAAUGCUAAUGUCAACCGUUCUUUUUAUGCCAUUGUUGGCUUGGUAUAUGAUUUGUGAAGUAAAACCUUCUCUAUCAUAAUGAGCAUUAAAGGGUCAUGGUUGAUGUAACGCCCUUUCAUGAUUCAGUUUGUUUCCUAAUUCAUAGUUCCUUCUAUUUUCUCAAAACGUAUUGUCCAAUGAUAUUAAGUGCAUUUGUGUAUUAAGAGCAUCGCAUAUAACUCGAGAGUACUUUUGGAGGUUACAAAUCAUUCUUGCAUUUUUUUAAAACCCACCUAUUGGUGCCCGCCUAUUGUUAUAAACUGGUUUUUCUUUGUGAACAAAUUUUGGUCAUGCUUAAUUGAUCUUGCUCUCAUGAAUUUGCAAGAAAGAAUUAUUAAAUGUUCUGUUAAAGAUUAAGACCCAAUUUGCUUUUGUAUCAAGUUUCUCUUUGGCUUUAGUAGUGAUCAUUUCGAUUGUUAAUUUAUGUGGUUCUAUGACCAUUUUAAUUAUUCAACCCUUAUGCUACUAUUCUGUGUUCUUUAGCCAAUCUCAUAUGGCUUACAUUGUUGGCACUACAGUAUAACUCCUUUCCUUUCUUUCUGCACGGCUACCUGAGCAUCAUUGACAACAUUGCCUUGAUCCAACAAAGAACUCGGUUCAUGGGGAUGAUUCUCUUUUGAAACUAGCUCUCAACGCAUGCUUUGAACUCACUCCUGGACUUCUAUGUCUUAGGUAAACCCAGAUUUGUGCCUUUUCUAUCUCACUUAGACUAUCACAUUCAUGUCAUUGAUUAAGUCUUAUUCUAUUCAUGUUAUUGAUUAGAUUUUUGUUAACACAUUACCAAUUGGUGAUUUGCCAUUCAAUGACCCACUACCAACCUUAUAUUGUACUUUUUACUUGCGAAAUAAACUUCCCAUAUGUAUUUUGUUUAUGCAAACUAAAACUUCCAGUCAACUUGAUGUAGAAGGAUGCUGCUGUAAUGUGUUCCCUCUGAUGAAGUUUAAGAAUGUUAUUUAACUAAAUAUGGUAUUGGCUAUCACCUCCCUUCGUAUUGCCUUUUGUUUCUCUUAAUCCAUAGUUUCUUUAUGUCUUUACUUCAUCGUGAAAAAUGAUUGACACGAGAAUGGGGUAAGAUGACUAAAUGCGCCAUACAACUUCUUGCUGUCAUGAACAUAACUUGCUGAAAUAUCAUGAUUGAGGCAAAAGGCAGUAAACUAAUUUAGUAAUUUAAGCCUUACCGACUAAAGUUUCCAGUGGAUGUACUACUAUUUGCUACAAUAUGUUUCAAAUUUAUGUAGAAUAGUGGCUUGAGAAGCUUUGUAAAGCUACCUUUCUAGGAGCUUGAUUGUUUUGAAAUUGAUAUGCACACAUGCUCCAGCAUGUAUAAUGGCUGCUAACCUAUGUGAAAUGUAACCUAUUUGAAAUGCUUGCGUGUCUAGAUUAUUCAAGUCAAUGAACAUCUAUGUUUAUGUUGGUUAAUGCUCUCACUUUAACGAGAGCUAUUUGUUAAACGUGCAAUUGAAUAUCACUAAUGUGAUGGUCUUCCAUGAUCUUUAAUGUUGCAGGUUUAUACUCUGUUUGACCGACAAUUAUGAAAGUUGUUUGUUGUAAUGCAUCCACGGAGACUUGCAAGAGUAGCUGAAUCAGUUUUAUGCAUUGCAACUUCACAGUAGGAACUGAUAAUUCAGUUUUAUGCACUUCAACUUCACAAUUUAAGUCAGUUCUUUUCACACUUGAAGAGUAGCUGAAAUUGACAUCGAGUGCCUCAUUUGAUUUCUCCCGAGCAGCCCGAAAGAGAUCAUAAUGGUAAGCUUGAAGAAGAAGAAGAGAAGAGGAAGUAGGAUAAAACACUUUUUGAUCUCUCUUUCUGUAUCGCUCUUCCACUACAAGCGACAAAGAGGUAGGGUUAGGACUUUAGUCAUUGGUUAGGAUUAAUAUUACUCUUCCGUUCAAUCUUAACUAAUUCUUCUUUUUGUGUCCCUUCACUUUUUGUUCUCUUCCCAUUCAAACUAGUUCUGGUCACCAUGAGUACAUACAGGCUAUCUUCAAACUAUUUUUACUACUUGAAGGUUUUGACUUGAGUGCUAAACGUUCCUAUUUAAGCUACAGUUUGGAAAAGGCAGACAUGUAGGUCUAUUGGGAUAUUUAGAAGCUCAAAACUUAAACAUAAACUUUAUCUUUUUGUAGAAGGUGAGUUGAGUUAUGGGUUGGCUGAGUUGCACAUAUGUUCUUGCUUACUCCAUCUACUGAAAUUGGAUACAAUUUUUUUCUCAUAAGCCAUUGCUGAACUACUUUUCAGUCCUGCAAUCUUUUUUUUUUUUUAUCUCUUCGGGUUUUUCAGCAAGCCAUUGUCGAACUACAACUAUUGGGUUACAAAUCUCACAGGGCAAACUUGGUACAUACGUGAUUUAUGUCCGAUAAUUCUUCAUCUAGAACUCAAUUUUCAGAAUUCUGCUUCUCAUCUUCUUCCUUAGUUUCGAGUUUUGCUCAAUAUGUUUUCAAGUAUAUUAUUAUUUACAGGUUUGGUACAUUGCUUGGAGAGGGAGGGUUGGUAGGUAUUGGCCCCGUAAAUAGCUUUUGCUGUCUAUUUUAGAAGGAAUUGGACCCUCUUUGACCAGUCAUUUGUUUGGUCUAUGAAGUUCGUUUGUCUGUGAAGCUUUUACUCACUAUUCAAGCCGGUUUCCUAAUUGCUUUGUUUCGUUGACUGUUUUCCAUUUGUUUGCCCAGGAAAAUGUUUGCUUUCAUUUGUUUCCUGUGCUUAUGGACGACUAGAAGGAAGCAGAGGUCAUGGAAGAGCUAACCUAGGUAGUAGCUUUGAAACUCGAGCUACAAAUGCUUCAUCUUCGAGCUGCAUUUCCAACAAUGAUUGUUGUUCUAAAUUGUAAUGACUUCCAAUGCUUGCAUAUCAAAAUGAUAGAAGAAAAAGUGUCUCAAAUAUAGCGGACUUACCAAG